GUCAACUAGAAUUAACAAAAGCACGCUACCAUGAACAAGUCUUCAAAACCAGUUCAAACGUUUGGAGUUCUCUCUCCACUAUAUAAGCACAUAUAGGACCCCCUUUGCCUCGACCAAAUUAACGUUCUUAUUGGAUAAUAUGGAGGGCCAAGGCGGGCACAUCCCAAAGUUUGGUGAUUGGAAAACGACCGGUGGCGAUACCCCGUACACCUUGUACUUCGAGGACGCUAGGAAGCGGAAGAGCAUGGGCAGCUCCACACCUUCUCCUAAGCCAGUUGCAGCUCGUAGAAACUCCAUCCCUCCACCUAAGCCUGCUUCAGUUCGUGGCAACUCCAUCCCUUCUCCUAAGCCAGCUUCAGCUCGUGGAAACUCCAUCCCUCCUCCUAAGCCAGCUGCUGCAGCAAGUUAUAGAGCUGAUGCCAAUCCGCCAAAACCCAAGGAACGACCGUCCCGGUCACGCAGAGAAAGCUCGGUUGGGUCUGUGCCCACUUGGGGUCAGUGGAACGAGAACAACGCUGGUGGAGGUGCCCAACAAUACACACUUGUCUUCGAGCAGAUAAGGGAGGAGCGGAGAAGUGCCCCUUCGACCCCUAACAUAGAGCAGCGACGACAACAAGGUCCUACUCUCGAACGGAUCAAGUAUCACAGUCAUGAACCUGAUGUACCCAAGAUUUUCACAUGUUGCGGAUUGUUUGGUAAAUAACGACGUCAUGGCCACAGAAUUUGUAUUAUGAAAAUGGAGUUCGGAUUUGUGUAUUUAUAUAAACUAGCAAAGUGGCCCUCGCAAAUGCGAGGGCAUGACCUGAAAGUGUCAAAGAAAUAAGUUUGUUGCCUUGAUUUUCUAUAUUA